UUUCCUCUCUGAGGGGCAGCAGGAAGUGAGGAGAAAGGGCUGGGAUGGGAGGCGGGAGCGGGUGGGAGGGAAUGGGGUUUAUCAAGUCCUCCGCGGGCUGCCCCACGGGCAGCAGCUGGCGCAAGUAGCCUGGCUGAAGAGGCUCACCCCAGGAAGGAGGGAGGCCGCCGACCUACAACUAGGCCGACGGACUCCCACACAGUUCCUGAGCUGGUGCCAGGCAGGUGACACUUCCUGCAACCCCCAGCAUGUGGGCAGGCCCAGGCCCCACUGCUGUACUGGCCCUGGUGCUGGCGGUGGCAUGGGCCAUGGAGCUCAAGCCCACAGCACCACCCAUCUUCACGGGCCGGCCCUUUGUGGUAGCAUGGGAUGUGCCCACACAGGACUGUGGCCCACGCCUCAAGGUGCCACUGGACCUGACUGCCUUUGAUGUGCAGGCCUCGCCUAAUGAGGGUUUUGUGAACCAGAAUAUCACCAUCUUCUACCGCGACCGUCUAGGCCUGUAUCCACGCUUUGAUUCAGCUGGGAGGUCUGUGCAUGGUGGUGUGCCACAGAAUGGCAGUCUCUGGGCGCACCUGAAGAUGCUGAAGAGACGUGUAGAGCACUACAUUCGGACACAGGAGCCUGCGGGACUGGCAGUCAUUGACUGGGAGGACUGGCGGCCUGUGUGGGUGCGUAACUGGCAAGACAAGGAUGUGUACCGCCGGUCAUCACGCCAGCUGGUAGCCAGUCGCCACCCUGACUGGCCAUCAGACCGAGUAGUCAAGCAGGCACAAUAUGAGUUUGAGUUCGCUGCACGGCAGUUCAUGCUGGAGACACUACGCUAUGUCAAAGCAGUUCGCCCCCAGCACCUCUGGGGCUUCUACCUCUUUCCCGACUGCUACAAUCAUGAUUAUGUGCAGAACUGGGAGAGCUAUACAGGCCGCUGCCCUGAUGUUGAGGUGGCCCGCAAUGACCAGCUGGCCUGGCUGUGGGCAGAGAGCACAGCCCUCUUCCCCUCUGUCUACCUGGACGAGACGCUCGCUUCCUCUGCCCAUGGCCGCAACUUUGUCAGCUUCCGUGUUCAAGAGGCCCUUCGCGUGGCUCACACCCACCAUGCCAAUCAUGCACUCCCAGUCUAUGUCUUCACCCGGCCCACCUACAGCCGCAGGCUCACUGGGCUUAGUGAGAUGGACCUCAUCUCUACCAUUGGUGAGAGCGCAGCCCUGGGUGCAGCUGGUGUCAUCCUCUGGGGCGACGCAGGGUAUACCACAAGCACGGAGACCUGCCAGUAUCUCAAGGAUUACCUGACACGACUGCUGGUCCCCUACAUGGUCAAUGUAUCCUGGGCCACCCAGUAUUGCAGCUGGGCCCAGUGCCAUGGCCAUGGGCGCUGCGUGCGCCGCAACCCCAACACCAAUACCUUCCUGCACCUCAGCGCCAACAGCUUCCGCCUAGUGCCUGGACACGCACCUGGUGAGCCCCAGCUGCGACCUGUCGGGGAGCUCAGCUGGGCUGACCUUGAUCACCUGCAGACACACUUUCGCUGCCAGUGCUACUUGGGCUGGGGUGGCGAGCAAUGCCAGUGGGACCGUAGGCGUGCAGCUGGAGGCGCCAGCGGGGCCUGGGCUGGAUCCCACCUCGCCAGCCUGCUGGCUUCAACAGCCCUGGCCUUCAUCUGUACCUUGUAGGGGUCUCUUGCCUGGCUGCCUAGCAAGCUGGCGUCUGUCACAAGGGCUCUCCUGGGCAUGUAAGAGCCCAUAAGGGGUGGACAAACUCAAGUCCACAAGGGGCAGAGCCCCUGGGUUGCCCAGCAGGACAUCUAUAUCAACUCUCACCCCCCUGUUCUAAGGGGGAGGGGAAGUCCCCUGGGAGGUCCCUUCUCUCCUUGCCAGAGGGGAAGGAAGAUACAGCUGGGCAGGGGAGGGCCUGACCCUACUCCCCUGCCCCUGGAUAGUUUAUUAUUAUUAUUUUGGGGUCUCUUUUGUAAAUUAAAUAUAAAACAACUGCUUCUGUG